UAACCCGCGCGCCAGUGCUGGCGUGUCCGCGCAGCGCGCACUCGUGAAGCUCGUGUGGAGCUCGCGAACACGCAGGACCAGAGCAUCAGGAUCAUACGCGCAGGAAAAACACGAGAAUGUGACUGGAGUGUAAAGGAUGAAGGAUGCGUUCGCUGGAAAAGGUCACACGAAUUGCAUGAAGAGCGCUGGGAGGAAAUCUUAACACAGCUGCCACGGAUUACCACUAACGCGCACGCAUCGCGGCUUUUUUUAGGGAACAGGAAUACCAGGAAUGGGGGAUUUGAUGUUUCACCAAAGCAGGAGAGAGGAUCUGACGAGAAUACUGUACAGCGAAUGAGGAUUCUUCCGGAGGGGAACGGAGCACGUGUAUGUGUUUUUCUUCAAUGACAGGAGUAAUCCGGUAGAGUUUGAGGGUCUGAAGGCUGGAGACACGUGCCGGAGGAGUUUCUUGGCGUACGUCGGCAUCUAGCAGCAGCAGCCAUUUUCACGGACCAUGUGGUUGGCGGUGCGCAAAAACCGUCCACUUUUGCACCAGCAGGACUGCUGCAGUGGCAGGGCUCAUGAUGUUUCUCUGUGGAUAUGGAUUUUUUGUUGGUGCGUGACACUCGUCAGGGGACAAAGUUACCACCCCACCGUGAACACGCAGUAUGGGAAAUUACGGGGCGCGCGGGUCCCGCUGCCCAGCGAGAUCCUGGGACCGGUGGACCAGUACCUGGGCGUGCCGUACGCCGCUCCACCGGUGGGGGAGAAACGCUUCCUUCCCCCUGAGCCGCCCCUGUCUUGGUCGGGGAUCAAGAAUGCCACUCAUUUUGCGCCGGUGUGCCCGCAAAACAUUCACAAUGCCGUUCCGGAGAUCAUGAUGCCAAUCUGGUUCACCUUUAACUUGGAUAUAGUUGCCACUUACAUACAAGAUCAAAACGAGGAUUGUUUGUAUCUAAACAUCUAUGUUCCAACGGAGGAUGUCAAAAGAAUAUCCAAGGAAUGUGCCAGAAAACCCAACAAGAAAAUAUGUAGAAAAGGAGGAACCCAUUCCAAAAAACAGGGCGAGGAUUUAUCCGAUAACGACGGUGAUGAAGAUGAAGACAUACGAGAUACUGGAGCCAAGCCUGUGAUGGUGUACAUCCACGGAGGAUCGUACAUGGAGGGCACCGGAAACAUGAUUGAUGGAAGCGUGCUGGCCAGUUACGGGAACGUCAUCGUUAUCACACUCAACUUUCGAGUCGGCGUCCUAGGGUUCCUCAGCACAGGAGACCAGGCUGCUAAAGGGAAUUAUGGCCUUUUGGAUCAGAUCCAGGCUCUGCGCUGGAUAAGUGAGAACAUUGGCUAUUUCGGUGGUGAUUCCAACCGCAUCACGGUUUUUGGAUCAGGAAUCGGUGCCUCUUGUGUGAGCCUUCUGACCCUGUCCCACCAUUCUGAAGGACUGUUUCAUCGUGCCAUAAUCCAGAGUGGCUCAGCAUUGUCCAGCUGGGCCGUCAACUACCAGCCGGUUAAGUACACAAGGCUGCUGGCAGAGAAAGUGGGCUGUAAUGUGCUGGACACACUAGACAUGGUAGACUGCCUGAGAAAAAAGAGCGCUCGUGAGCUGGUGGAACAAGACAUCCAGCCAGCUAGAUACCACGUCGCCUUUGGCCCAGUCAUUGACGGCGAUGUCAUUCCGGAUGACCCUGAGAUCCUGAUGGAGCAGGGCGAGUUCCUCAACUAUGACAUCAUGCUGGGUGUCAACCAGGGCGAGGGGCUGCGCUUCGUGGAGAACGUUGUGGACUCUGAAGAUGGGGUCUCGGGCAAUGAUUUUGACUUCUCAGUCUCUGAUUUUGUGGACAGUCUUUAUGGUUACCCAGAGGGAAAGGAUACGCUACGAGAAACCAUUAAGUUCAUGUACACGGACUGGGCAGAUAGAGACAACCCUGAGACGCGCCGUAAAACUCUGGUGGCGCUUUUCACCGAUCAUCAGUGGGUGGAGCCCUCGGUGGUGACGGCAGAUCUUCACGCCCGCUAUGGGUCGCCCACGUACUUCUACGCCUUCUACCACCACUGCCAGAGCCUGAUGAAGCCCGCUUGGUCAGAUGCGGCCCACGGAGAUGAGGUGCCCUACGUCUUUGGUAUUCCCAUGAUUGGCCCGACCGACCUCUUCCCCUGCAACUUCUCCAAAAAUGAUGUGAUGCUCAGUGCUGUUGUCAUGACCUACUGGACAAACUUUGCCAAAACCGGAGAUCCCAACAAACCAGUGCCUCAGGACACCAAGUUCAUCCACACGAAGGCCAAUCGCUUCGAAGAGGUAGCCUGGUCCAAAUACAACCCUCAAGACCAGCUGUACCUGCACAUCGGCCUCAAGCCUCGAGUCCGGGAUCACUACCGCGCCACUAAAGUGGCGUUCUGGAAGCACCUGGUCCCUCAUCUGUACAACCUUCACGACAUGUUCCACUACACCUCCACCACCACCAAAGUGCCACCGCCCGAGACGACCCAGAACUCCCUGUCCACCAAACGUCCCAACGGCAAAGCCUGGCCAUUCAACACCAAGCGGCCUCCGAUGUCUCCGGCCUACAACAGCGAGAGCGGGAAGGAGCAGUGGAACGGAGAAGAGGAGCCAGGCCCUCUGGUGGUAGAGAACCCACGGGAUUACUCCACCGAGCUGAGCGUGACCAUCGCAGUGGGAGCUUCGCUGCUGUUCCUCAACGUUCUGGCGUUCGCCGCUCUGUACUACCGCAAGGAUAAGCGCCGACAGGAGCAGCACCCGCAGCCCAGCUCUCCACGAGCCACCACCGCCAACGACAUGAACCGGCACGGCCCUGAAGAAGAGAUCAUGUCCCUGCAGGUCAACCAGACGCACCACGAGUGUGACGCAGGGCCACCCGGAGACCCCUUACGGCUCGCUUCACUUCCCGACUACACGCUGACUCUGCGGCGCUCGCCUGACGAUAUCCCACUCAUGACGCCCAACACCAUAACCAUGAUCCCCAACUCGCUGGUGGGCAUGCCCAACCUACAUCCAUACAACACCUUCACAGCUGGCUUCAACUCCACCGGCCUGCCACACUCCCACUCCACCACGCGUGUAUAGCUUUAUGGCCAUUCGACAAGAGGGAGGGAUGGGGGAAGAGUCUUUGGCUUCAAUGAAAACACUGAAGCGAGAGGAGGGGGUUCAGGACGAUGGCGGAAACGAAAAGAUUUGAAUAGACUUUUGCAAAAAGCAGUGACAAGUUCUUUCCAGAUGUCAAGUUGUGCAAACCUGCCAAAACAGAACUGCUCUCUUUCCUUUGAAAAGGGACGAGCGUUUCAAGCAGUAUUUUUUCUAAUCAUCGUUUUAAAAGAAAAGAAAGAAACGCCUUUUUAAGCAGAAUCGGGUGAAUGGGGCGAUCACUUUUUUCUUGAAUAAAUAACAACAACAAAAAAAACACACAAAAAAAAACAAAUACAAAGGAAAGUGCAUUUUAUUUCCCAUCACAGUCUUUUGUGGGAAACAUGUUUCAAAACAGUGGCCUCUAAGGUGACAUCUGCAUAAUAUUGUUUGCUUUGCUUUUCGAUUUCUUUUCAAUGCCUUAUAAAGAGCUGUUUUUUUCUCUUAAUUUGACGAUCUUUCCCUGAGAUGUGUCUGAGUGGAACAUAGUGAUCUGACUCAAGCGGUUGGAUUCCAAGAAGCAUUAGACAGACGACAAAUAUGGAAAGCAGUGGACUGAAAUGGUAACUGCAACUCAUUUUCCAGUUGCAUAAGCUCACAUGUGGUAUUUUAACUUUUUUUCUUGGCUCCACUGAAAGUCUUUUGUUUGAAAUUUUUCCAUUGGACAAGACUGGAGAUAAAGACUUUUAAAGUUACUGUAAGUGUUUUGUUUAAAGAAAAGUGCAUCUUUUACAACAAAACUAUCUAUCGGCUCCUGUGUCAAAUUCCCAUGAAAUGCACACUUACACACAAUGCUCAGAGCACUGUUUGACUGGUGUGUGUGUGUGUGUGUGUGUGUGUGUGUGUGUGUGUGUGUGUGUGUGUGUGUGUGUGUGUGUGCGUGCGUGUGUGUGCGUGUGCGUGUGUGUGCGUGUGUUGGAUUGCCUUUGCCAUGUUUUCUGUUAUAUAUUUGUGUGAUGGGGUGGGGGUGGGGGCUUCUUUACCACUGCGUUGAUUUUGUUCACCACAAGUAGUGUUUCAGCUGCGUCUAUUGUCGUCUGUCUUUGCGAAAUAGAACUUUUUGUUAUUUUAAAAAAGUUACAUAUGUCUAAUUUUGCUUAAGAAUGACAAAAUAAAUCUAUUAUUUUACAUGCAAGAGAAAACAAUAGCUUAAGAUUGAACUGAACUAACUGACAUGAUUCCAUUGACUUUGUAAGCGUUCCUCUCGACUGGAGACAGUGGCCUCUUUACACUGAAUAACCUGACUUCAGUGUAGACCUGUGUUUCUUUAAAUAUAUAUAUAAAUAUGGGCAUACAUACAUAUAUGUAUAGGGCUUUUAUGAAGAUUUUGCUCCCAUUGACCUGAAAGUGUAAAUGACCAUUAUUAGCAUUUAUUAGGCUGAAAGCACCAAUAUUCAGAGGGCAGAGCAGUUAGUGUCUGUACUAGUUUUAUCCUCUACACCAUAAUCUGAGGCCACAACAAGUGUCUUUUUAAUAGCUCUAUAUGUAUAUUUAUGUAUAAAUAUAUUUAAUAUUUAUUUAUGUAUACCAGAUGUAUACAUGCUGAUUGUGCCAUGUGCCAAAUUAAACCAUAAAACUGGAGAAGAAAACAGUUUCCAAAAAACUUUAUUUUAUUUGUAAGUUUUAUUUUUGCACAACUCCAUCACAGUUAAAUGCAUAUUUCCUAUCUGAUCUAUGAGGAUUUUUUAAUGAAAUUAUGGGUGGAAUUCGAGGUAAUAAGUAAUUUUUUAGUAUGACUAGCACAAAAAAAAAAAGCUAAAAUACCUCUUGAAAACUCCAUUUUGCAAACAUGUGACUCAAAUAUCCAACACAAUGAGUAAUCCUGUUUAGCAAAGCAUUUGAAGAGACAGGUGUGUAAAUUAUCUUUAUAAUUGCACACCUGCAGAAUAAAAGCUAGUACUGCAUAGCAUCAUUUCAGGCAUUGGAAAGCCUUUUUGGUUGGAAACUGGAGUUAUGAUCAAGUAUGAAUAUCCCCACAUCCAACAUGGAUUGCAGCAACAGGUUUCUGAGAGUGAGUUUGCUUAGGACUGCAACCCUUUAGCCUCCAGCAUCAGGCUCGGGUUUUGAGAUGAAGCGGCCUCUGGUUUCAGUAACACUCUUGUCCUGUUUGACCUGCAUCAGGCCCUGCCACUCAACAACUCAAACCCCCUUUAUCACCAGCCCCACGGCAUGCACAUUUAUCUACAAUCCUGACCUUAAAAGUCACGUUAUACUCUCUUUUAAAUCAAUGUCUCAUCUUCACCUAGCGGAUUCUCCGUAGAUGUUCAGCCUGGUUCACUGCUGUUCAACAUUUGGGUGUAUUAGGCCCGAAUCAUGAAGCAAUAAUGUGAAUGCAAACUUUAAAAGGGCAACAAACUCUACUUCGUAAUGCAUUUAGCUGCAAUGAAGAAUAAAUACCAUGCAUCAGUGGUUGAAAAGCUCUUGAAACUAGGUUUGAAUUAGACUUCAACAGAACUCCCAGAACCUGAGUCAUCAGCAGAUGAGAGUAUUUAUUACUCAUGUGGGUGUUUAAGGAUGUUUUGAUGGCAGUUGAUUCAUCGCUCAUAUUCAGCUUUUGAUCCCUGAUUGACUGAAGGAAUAUCACAACAUACAUCAUAGAAGUCUCGCAGGAGCAGCCAGGUUUCCUCGGAUGAACAGGGGUUAUAUUACAGACGGCACGGAUAUGAGCAGAUAGAAACUCUGAGACCCUUGGGGCCACAUGACAGACACCUGCUUCAAUAUCUACUGACUAACGUACUCGGGUGUCACGCUAAAGCCGAAGAAUAGGCAUAAGUAUGACAUUAAACGAGGUUUUAGGCUGUGCAGUGAAGCAAUUUGAUUGUAGCUUUGUUCGCUUGAGCGUGUACCUGCCGUUGAGGAAAUUACUUUAGCUGCUAGGCUGGAAGCCGCGGUGCAUAACAUCUUCUCUUCUGUGUCUUAAGUGCUGCUCUCAUAAAUCAAAUGAUUUUUCGCGCUCUCCUCUGCUGCUCUGUUCCUCUGGCGUCCUCUCUUACUGUAGCUAACGCGCAGUAGAAAUGAAUGUGAACAUUUCCAUUAAUUAGAUGGACCAUUUUCUGAUUAAAUGAAUUAUUCUUGUAGUAACAUCUACAUAUAUUACUGUAUAUAUAAAUGCCAUGUUUGGGAAUAUUAGAGCAUGAUAAUGAUCUCAUGCCCAUGCACACACACCAGGUUUUGUAUUGCUUUGUUUGGACCUGUUAAUAUGGAUCAAAAG